AGUUUGUUUUUCUCGCUCAUUUUCAUGUAUAUGUAUAUAUAAUAAUAUAAUAUAUCCGAUGUUUUAUUUUUACACAGUUUAUUACUGUGGCUUUGUUACCAAUUGUAGUCGGGAGUGCAAGUGCAAAUUGUUUGCCGAUUAAUUUGUCGCCAGUUAUAGACGAACUGCCCGUUUUUUAUAAUAUGGUUUAAACGAAUGAUGCACCUUCACCGCGAAUCACAGGUUUGAAAGCACCGUUUACAAACAUUUAAUCGUUUAUACUAGUUUGCAGCAUGUUUUAACAAAAACCGUAGUGUGUGUCUGUUCAAGGAGCUGUCCCUUGACAGCAUUACUAAUUUGCUAUCACUGAAAUUUAUGAAUUCAAAUUUUUUGGAAUCGUUCAGUUGAUUUCCAUGUGUGUGUCUGUUUGCUUUUACAAUCAUUGUUAACUGUGCAUCGGCCAAUUAUGGAUCUAAAUGAUAAACAAUCCAAUAUACCCGAUCUUCACCUAAGUGAUGUCAUUGAGGUGAUAGAAGAACACGUACGUGCUGAUCCUUUACAACAAAUGGACGGCCCUUCGUCAAGUAAUGGCCGUAGAACAGCUAAUGCCCCUUACAUAAAAAUAGUCGAACAGCCAGCUUCAAAAGCUCUAAGAUUUCGAUAUGAGUGUGAAGGUAGAUCUGCCGGCAGUAUACCUGGAGUGAACAGUACAACUGAAAAUAAAACCUAUCCAACAAUUCAGAUAGUAGGUUAUAAAGGAAGGGCUGUUGUCGUGGUAUCCUGUGUUACCAAAGAUAGACCUUUUCGUCCUCAUCCACAUAAUCUUGUCGGCCGCGACAAUUGCAAACGAGGCAUUUGUACUAUUGAAAUAAAUAAUGAAUCGAUGACUGCUAGUUUUCAAAACUUAGGAAUACAGUGUGUUAAAAGGAAAGAUAUAGAUGAGCAUCUCAAAAUACGGGAAGAUAUUCGAGUAGAUCCAUUUAGAACUGGGUUCUCACACAAAGAUAAUCCUAGCUCAAUUGAUCUAAAUGCCGUUCGACUGUGCUUUCAAGCAUUUUUGGGAGGCUCACAAAAAGGAAAGUACAGCAUUCUCGAACCAGUGGUUUCCGAUCCCAUCUAUGAUAAAAAAGCAAUGUCUGAUUUAGUAAUAUGUAGAUUGAGCGAUGCUGCAGCGUCAGUUGCUGGAGGCAGAGAAAUUAUACUUCUAUGUGAAAAAGUAACCAAAGAUGAUAUUCAAGUAAGAUUUUAUGAAGAACAAGAUGGUUUAUGCACUUGGGAAGGAUACGCUGAUUUUCAACCUUCAGAUGUUCAUAAACAAGUGGCUAUUUCUUUUAGAACACCCAAGUAUAAAACAUUGCAGGUUGAUUACCCUGUCAAAGUAUGGAUUCAACUUAAAAGACCCACCGAUGGAAUGUGUAGUGAUGCUCGUCCGUUUUUGUUAACACCGGUUGAUUCAGAUCCAGCCAUGUUGAAAAGGAAAAGACAGAAAUUACCUUGCGAAAGUGAUCUUUUGAGGCAAUUACAGAGUGACCCUAGACUUUUGACUUCGUCAUCAAAUUUUAUCGAAGGUAUGGUCAUUGAUCCAAUAUCUAUUGCAGUGCCCAUAAAGGAAGAACCAGAAACUAGCCCCAAUCCAUAUAGUAGUUUGUAUCCGUUAUCUAAUACCAACGUUCUAGGGCAACCUUCACCUUUAUACAAUUCUAGAACGCCAUCCCCAUUGGAAUAUCAAUUUCCAAAUACUGUUACUAGCUCUAAUAACUUUUACGGGCAGAUAACUUUAUCAAAAGUUACAGUCAGACCACCUCAAGGAAUUCAAACAAAUUGUGGUACAAUUAGUGGCUGUACCGUUACCGAAGUGUGUCCAACAUUAAACAAUCAAACUACUAACUGUACACCAUCUCAAUCUAGCUGUAGCCUACCAACGGCCAUCACUAUUACGCCUCUACCAUGUCCAACUGAGGGUAAUAACGAUUCCACUUUAAUGGAAACUACCUUUUCGAGCUUAGAUCGUUUGGAUUCUAACGAUUUGAGAGCAUUCACUAUGAUCGAGGACAGUGAACAAGUAUUAUCAGCCAAUUUGUCUGCAAGCUUGCAAUUAGCAGACGGUAAUUUGUCUACCAAGGCUGAUGAAGUUGUUCAUGAAACCAUGAAUAUGUCUGACAGUUUCGAUAGGAUUGCAAAUAGUACCCUCAACGAGUUCUGCGAGAUUUACACCAAACAUAAUUGAUAUUAUUAGUUUAACAAUAUUAUUCUAUUUAUAAUUGUUAGGCAUGUUGAAAUGUCAAAAGAUCUAAAGUAUAUAAUAUAAAUAUAUAAUAUUGACAUGUAUCAUAUUUAUAUAAUAUUGUAAUGUUACUCUAUUUACAGUUUGUAUUUGGUUUCUAUACAAAAUGAAUCCAUUUUACUUCCUUCUUUGUAAAUAAACUAUCAAAUGUU